UCACAUAGACAAACCAACCACUUAUUAACACUCAUCGCAUAACAUCGCAGCUUAUUUGACAAUGUCGUUGAACCGAUUUCUCUUCCCUUGCUUCAUCCUCAUCUCUCUCUUCCUUUCCGACUUCGCUUCUUCUCAAAGUACAUUACCAAAAGACGAAGUGGAUAUUUUAAGAGCCAUAGCGACGACGUUGAAGAAGAGUAACUGGAAUUUCAGUGUCGAUCCAUGCGACGUUACCUCAUCUGAUGGUGGUUGGAGAAAUCUUAACGCCAGCAAGGGAUGUGCAGACGCAGUUACUUGUAAAUGCACCUCGACUGGUUGCCACGUCACCAGCGUAGUUCUACAGGCACAAAGCCUCCAAGGAUCUCUUCCUAAAGAGUUCGCUGGACUUCCUUUUCUGCAAGAGAUUGAUCUGUCUAGAAACUAUCUCAACGGUUCCAUUCCUCCCGAAUGGGGAACCUUGCCACUUGUAAACAUCUCACUGCUUGCAAACCGGAUAACCGGUCCAAUACCAAAAGAGAUUGGAAAUAUAACAACCCUUGCGAACCUUACCUUGGAAUCUAAUCAGAUCUCAGGGAACUUACCUCCAGAGCUCGGUAACCUAAAGAACAUUGAAAGAAUCCUUCUUGGCACGAACUACUUGACUGGAGCCAUCCCAAGUACAUUUUCCAAACUUACUACGUUGACUGAUUUCCGUAUAAGUGACAAUCAGUUUACCGGAGCCAUACCAGAUUUCAUCCAGAACUGGACAAAACUUGGAAAACUGGCUAUUCAAGCAAGUGGUUUAGUUGGACCGAUUCCUAGUGCCAUUGGUACUCUUGUGAAUUUAACAGACUUGAGAAUCAGUGACUUGAACGGACCUAGUUCUCCAUUUCCACCACUACAAAACAUGACAUCCAUGAAGACAUUGAUUAUUAGGAACUCCAAUCUUACAGGAGAAUUACCUGCUUAUCUUGCAUCACUCAAAACGUUAAAGCUCUUGGAUCUUAGCUUUAACAACCUAAGUGGACCAAUCCCAGCAGCAUAUAAGGAUAUUCGGAAUGUAGAUAACAUAUAUUUUACAAAUAACAUGUUAAGUGGGCAAGUACCAAAAUUGAUGGUAGACAAUGGAGACAAGAUUGAUCUCACUUACAAUAACUUCUCCAAAGAUGCAACAACCUCACAAUGUUACACGGAAAAAGCGAACUUGUUUUCAAGCACAAGCCCUUUAGUGGCAAAAAACUACUCAUCAGAUGUUUAUUGUCUGCGUAACAUAUGUCCUAAGACUUACUAUGGCCUUCAUAUAAACUGUGGUGGUGAUGAACUAACAAUCAACGGGACCACGUAUGAAGCGGAUAAUUCAGGUAGCAUCUACUAUGACAGUAGAAAAGGUUGGGUUUCUAGCAACACCGGGAACUUCAUGGAUGAUGAACGGCGUCACCAAGGAGUAACCACGUGGAAAAAUACAACAGAGCUUAAGAUAGCAGAGCCUAGGCUUUAUACACAUGCCCGUCUCUCCGCCAUUUCCCUCACUUACUAUGCAUUUUGUCUUGGAAAUGGAAGCUAUACAGUUAAACUUCAUUUCGCUGAAAUUAUGUUUAGUGACAAUGAAACCUAUACCAGUUUGGGGAGACGAUUCUUCGACAUAUACGUUCAGGGUAAACUUGAGGUUAAGGAUUUUGAUAUUAUGAGUGAGGCAAAAGGUGCUGGAAGAGCUGUGGUUAAGAGUUUUGGGGUCAUGGUUACAAAUGGGACGUUGGAGAUAAGAUUGUUUUGGGCUGGUAAAGGAACUCAAGCUAUUCCUAAAAGAGGUUCAUAUGGCGCUCUCAUAUCAGCUGUAGCAGUAGAGCCAAAUUUCACUGUUGGUAGAAACUGGGCCGGGGUUGGUGGUGCAGUCGCUUCGGCGGUGUUUCUUGGGCUUUUAAUCGUUGGUAUUUUACGGUGGAAAGGUUGCUUGAGACGCAAGAGUCAGAUGGAGAAAGAUUUCAAGAACUUGGAUUUCCAGAUUAGUUCCUUCUCCUUGAAGAAAAUCAAAGUUGCUACAGACAACUUUGAUCCAGCAAACAAGAUAGGAGAAGGUGGCUUUGGUCCUGUGCACAAGGGAAAGUUACCUGAUGGAACCGUGAUCGCGGUGAAGCAGCUAUCGUCUAAAUCAAACCAAGGGAACAGAGAGUUCUUGAACGAGAUUGCUAUGAUCUCAGCACUACACCAUCCACAUUUGGUUAAACUAUAUGGAUGCUGCGUGGAAGGUGACCAGCUCUUGCUAGUCUACGAGUACCUAGUAAACAAUAGUCUCGCAAGAGCACUUUUUGGUCCUCCAGAGACUCAGAUACGACUAGACUGGCCGAUAAGGCAGAAGAUUUGCGUUGGUAUAGCUAGAGGAUUAGCUUUUCUCCAUGAGGAAUCAAGACUCAAGAUUGUGCACAGAGACAUCAAAGCCACUAAUGUCUUGCUGGACAAGGAACUAAACCCGAAGAUUUCGGAUUUCGGUCUUGCUAAGCUUGAUGAAGACGAAAACACACACAUGAGCACACGAGUCGCAGGAACAUACGGAUACAUGGCUCCAGAGUAUGCAAUGAGAGGUCAUUUGACAGAUAAAGCGGACGUCUACAGCUUUGGCAUCGUGGCUAUAGAGAUCGUUCAUGGAAGAAGCAACUCGAGCGCACGUACCAAAGAUAAGAUCUUCUACCUUAUUGACUGGGUACACGUUCUAAGGAAGGAAAACAAGCUGAUGGAACUAGUAGACCCGAGGCUUGGAACAGAUUACAACAGAGAAGAAGCAAUGAAGAUGAUCCAGAUUGGUAUCCUCUGCACCAGUCUAGUUCCGUCGGACAGACCGUCUAUGUCGACGGUGGUGAGCAUGCUCGAAGGACACUCCACGGUGGAUGUUGAGGAGCUUCUUGAAACUUCGUUCAGUAGGGGAAACCAGAAAGACGAAGAGAGCGUGAGGGCGAUGAAGAAGCAUUUCGCGAUGAUGGGUGGACAUGAGAGGACGAAUGCGACGGAGCAUACUUCCACCACCGACGGACCAUCCACGUCGUCUUCUACGUCCACGGCCAACGCCGGUGAUCUAUACCCUGUUAAGCUUGAUUCUGCUUAUUGGAACUCAAGAGGUUGAACAUGUUUCUUCGUAAACAAGACAAAAAUUAAUUAUGGAGCAAGUAAUUAUGACUCUCUUUAAAGUUCGUUUUUAAUGUUUGAAUUAUAAUUAUUUUUAUUAUUUUUAUGUAAGACGAU